AUGAAAGAGCCCCAGGUCGCUCCCCAGGACGUUGCUGAGGUGAAGAAGCGCCUCAAGCAAGUUGAGCUGUCGCAGAAGGCCCUCAACGAGCUUGAGGGCAAUCUAAAGAAGUAUGUGGAGAACAUAACGAAGGUGCUGAGGUGCCUUGACAGCACUGGAAGAUGCCUUCAGGAAGCAACGGGGGCGAUGGCGGUGCACUUGGAGGAUAGACAGCAAAGUGCCAUUUGCCGUGAGUCAUGCAUGCCCCUGGACACCCUGCACCAGGUGGCAAAGGUGCUGACGACGGCGACACGCGACAUACAGGACGGCAACUUGCUUGUCGUAUACAAGGACACCCUGCACAAGCACAUUUUUGGUCAUAUAGACCCACUGCGGCAAUCGGCGAAGCAUACCUUGAGUGAGGGGCAAAAGGCGCUUCUCCUCCUGAAGAAGCUGCAUGACAAGGACACCACUCUCGCGCGGAAGGAGCAGAAGUACGUCAAAAAGGGCAAGGCCCUCACGGAGAGCAAGCGGUACACGAAACAAGUGAAUGACCGCGACAAGGCCCGCAGUGUAGCGGAGGCACAGGUGAAGAAAUUUAAGAAUUUUUACGGUGCCCAUAUGGUGCAGGUGGAGCUCUGUGAGGGCGAGUUCCUGGACAGCUUCAUCAAGGCCAACGCCGUGCUGCUGCAGCAGGCCGGUGGAACCUUCACCGCUGUUGGGGAGCGGGUGCUGCGCGAGUACCCGAACCUGGCGGGCGUGCUGGUGCUGACCGCCAACCACGUACAUCCGAGCGCCGUGCACGGCACCUCACCCCCGACGAGGGCCUCGCGGCUGAAGACAGAUAAAGAAGACGUGGACGUGAAUGUGCAAGACGGCGUCACACAUGUGUUGGAUCUGGAGAUGCAACCGCUGAAUGGGACGCCCCCGGCGGGGAAUCUGUACGCCCUCGACCACGUCGAAGUAGAGUCGAGGAACUCACCGAUCAAUGGCUCCUAUCAAGAGCCUUUGACACCACUACACCCCCCUGUAGCACAGGGUGCAUUGCAUGCGCCUGAUGACUUUGACAGUGCGGUAAACGACGCCUAUCAACAGCCCUUGACAAAACGUCGGUCCUCUUCUACGCAGGAUGCACAUCGUGCAUCUGACGAGUUUGACGGUGCGGUGAAGGAUGCACCCCCCGAAGCAGAAACACAUCGCCCAUAA